GCAGCUGGGAGCUAUUUGACCACGUGACAUGAGAGAUGUUUCUGUCGCUGUAGCAGCCAUCAUUUCACUCAAAUACAAGCCUGUGCUAACAAGACACGAAGAGAAUAUAUAGACAUGGAUUUGCACGGGAAUAUCGACUGAAAGAGGUUCCACUCCUUCGCGAAUGGUUUAUUUUUCGGCGUGUUUCAGUUGCAGGUGAGUUUAACCAGCAGCUGCUUUGUCCUGGUUUCCUGGCAACUACUGACAAAAACAGUCGCCUUGGCCUCUUGAUUGGUGGAGGUGCACAGGUGAAGGAGUGGACCCCGGCUGCACCUCUUUUCUGUCGUUUGCUGCACUUUGAGACGGAAGGGGGAACAAGUUGCUGUCAGAACCACCCAGAGCAUGGGGCAGAAGGUUCCGGGAGGCAUUAAAACUGUGGACAUGCGGGACCCUGCGUUUCGGCCUCUCAAACUAGAGCUGCAGGCCCUGGAUUACACCAAACCUUCCCGUCUGGAUAUGUUGUUAGACAUGCCACCAUCCUCCCAGGACGUCCAAGUCCAGCACUCCUGGAACAACGACGACCGGUCGCUCAACAUUUUCGUUAAAGAGGACAAUAAACUCAUAUUUCACCGGCACCCUGUUGCCCAGAGCACAGAUGCCAUUCGGGGGCAAGUGGGAUACACACGGGGACUGCACGUGUGGGAGAUCAGCUGGGCCAUGCGCCAGCGGGGUACACAUGCCAUUGUCGGUGUAGCGACGGGUGAGGCCCCACUGCAUUCUGUAGGAUACACUGCACUUGUAGGAAACAAUAGCGAGUCCUGGGGCUGGGACCUGGGACGUAACAAACUCCAUCACGAUGGCAAGAACCAGCCCAGUAGGACCUAUCCAGCUUUUCUUGAACCUGAUGAAACCUUUAUCGUCCCAGACUCGUUUUUGGUGGUCCUGGACAUGGACGAGGGGACGCUAAGCUUUAUUGUCGAUGGACAGUACUUGGGGGUUGCUUUCAGGGGACUCAAAGGAAGAAAGCUAUACCCUGUAGUGAGCGCCGUGUGGGGACACUGUGAAAUCAGAAUCCGGUACAUAAAUGGACUCGAUCCUGAACCUCUGCCGUUAAUGGACCUCUGUAGACGAUCUGUGCGGGUGGCUCUGGGAAAAGAGCGACUGCGUGAAAUCCAUGGACUGCCCUUACCUGCCUCCCUUAAGAACUACUUGCUCUACCAAUGAUGACAGUAGUGCCUUUCCAACAGUUCAAGGCAUAGCAUUCGCCUGUAUUUGUCUCUGGGAUUUACUCUUUCUGGCAAGCCUGUUUCAUUACAUUAUUUCAGUCGUUUUGGUUUUGUGCCAUACUGAAUAACUACGUACGGUACCAAAAUGAUUUACUUUUUUUUUUUUUAAACUAAAGCAAUCAAGGGCGUCUCAUGUUUAAUGCUUGUACUGUCAAGUUUUGAAUCUUUGCAAGUCUUUUCUUGCUUCGCUCAUAUCCUGGAAAUUCAACCCAAAGGUUUGUGUCGGAACCCCGUGGCAGAUACUCGGACGAAAACGAUGGCUUAGAUACUUUUUAAGAGCUUUUUUUAUUUUAAAGAAGUGUUGGCUUACCUUAGGCAUUCUUGUAUCAGGUCAUUAAUUUGAGACUCGAUGCAAAAUACAAUAGCGUGUCAGGACGUUUUGGGUUUAAUAACCAGCAUGUUUUGAACAAGAAAUAUCUGGAUAUUAAUAUUGGCACCUUUUGUAGGUAAAUUAAGAAUGGUAUCCUUCUCCUUCCGGUCAGUAUAAUUUAGUAGCGGAGUCAAUUUUGGAUUUGGUGAACUUGUGGGGUUAAAAAAAGAUUGACACACAACCCACUCAGUGUACGGUGAUGGGUUUAAUCCUGCCAGAUUAAAAAUAGCCUGGGAUUAGCUGUAAAUCUGACCGCCUGGCCUGGAAAAUUAGUGUGUGACGUCCGUGUCUAUGAGGUGGGAGGUUGAGAGGCUGGAAUUCAUGACAACCAAUGCUAAUGCUUUAUUCUAGCUUUUAUAAUUGCCCAACUAGUCAAUAAAUCCCUUUUCUCUGUUCACGCUGCAAUAUCUGAAGUGCCUGUCUCACGAUACUGGUACGUUAAAAGAAAGCCAUGAUUUAAAGUCCUUUUUAUAUGAAAUCAAAGAAUGAUAUCACUGUGAAACUAUGUAGCAGACAUUAAUCAUUAAGAGGAAUAGCUUCCCCAAGUCCCACGCAACAACAUUUAGCUUGUUUUAUUCAUAAAAAGUUUUAUUUUAUGUUUUAACCUGUUUAUGGGAUGGGAUAGUGACACUGCUGUUUGGUGUCUGAUUAAAUAGUGUCCUUUGAUGUCACAUGGGGAAAUGUUGAUGUCACUUUGCUCUUUUUAAGACUUGAUGCAGAGAAGAAACGAUCGCCAACUAUUGUCAUUUUGUUUCCAUUUUUUCAUCCUGGUCUUUUAGAUGUGUAAAUGUAGUUCAUGUUUGGCUGUCAUUUCGCUGGCCAUGAGGGGAUCUCUUGACUCCCUGUUUUUAAAUCCUUACUGCUUGCAAAGCACCAUUCUCUUUGUAUUAAGUGAUGUAGAUAAUAUUGGUAACUAUCUAAUAAAGUUUAUUAUUAUUAUUAUUAUUGACCUGUUAUCGAGUUGUUUAAAUGAUUUUAAAGGCCCUGUUAAAUUAAAAUUCUACAUGGAUUAGUUUUUACAGAAUUCUGGAACUUCAUAAAUUAUUUAAAAUGAAACGCAAAUUAAAUCCAGCAUUUCCUCAAGGCCAACAUUGUCCACUGUUUUUAAUGUUUAUUAAAAGCAGAUUUAUCUUCUUGGAUGAUGAGUGCACUUUUGAAAGAAGAGGCCAGACUCUUAAUAGACUAGUCUGUAACCCUACUACAAUGUUUGUUCUUCUGCUUGAAAGAGCUUCUCUUCAAUAAUCCCCAUUUUGUAUGUCAGCAAGCAUUUUAUUUCUUAAAAUAAACAUCGGAAACUUUAUUUGUAGACACAACUCAAGAGCUGAAGUGAGAACAAGACGAAUCUGUUCCAAGCAAACGGCAUGUCUUCUGAAGACCCUCCCUGACAGCUGUUUUGGGUUUUAAAGAAGCAUUAGAGGUGCUCUGCUAGUUUAGGGCCCAAGUAAAUGAAGUGCUGUGGGUGAUUGAGUGGAUUUUCAUAUCAAUGUUCUCACUGUCAUUCUGACUGCUUGGUUGCCAUAGCAGUGUGUUUGCAUACACAGAGCUCUGGAGCUUUGGUGUGAGGUCACUCAUUUCAAGUAUGCAGCUUGGCUGGAACACUGUGCUGUUUGGGUGUCUGGAACGGUGCAUUCCUGCCUUCAAAAGUGGUGAAGGCUGGGAGUUUCUGUGUAUGUUUUUAUAAGGAAAAACUUGUCCAAGUUGGCUUAUAAUUCUAAAAAUAUGUUAUCGGUGAAAGAGCUGUUUAAUAUGCCUACACCUAUCGGUUAAUGGACUGUGUUGUAAGGUACCGGUUCUUGAACUUUUUCAGUGUGCGUCCCCCCUUUGUGUAGCGUGCAUCCCUGUGUGCCCCCUAAAGAAACACCUUUCUUAAACAUUAAAUUAUGUUGUGCUGGAACAUCAAUUUUGUUGAUUGUGGAUGUCUCAUUAGGUUGAUUUUUUUUUUAAAAUAAAUUCAAAAUGUUGCAUAUAAUGCAAUAAAACUCUGGCCUCCCUGGUGCCAUCUUGACCACUGUUGUAAUGAAGUCAUCGUUGAGGGACCUUGCAUUUCAUUCUUACAAGUUAUAUUUUCCUAAAUUUUGAAUUUAUAUUAAACUAACUUAUUAAAUGACGCCUUUGAACUAAAUUUAUUGGGGCAGAAUUCUGGACCGGGCUUAAACCUAGUCCCAGACUAACAUAGAGGUGUCUUGAUCGUAAACAACUUGACAUUUCUUAAAAUACACUGCUCAGGAAAUUAAGGGAACACUUGAUCAUCCUAGCAUAACACAGUCAGUUAACCUUCAGGAGUAUCAAUCAACCGGUAAGGAAGCAAAAGGCAUUGUGAACCAUUUUUACUUGUUUUGGUGCAAAUGUAAGGGACAACAGGUACACUGGAGAGGCAACAGCAAGGGUGGUCUGGGGAGGACCAUCCUUAAAGGGUAUUACAGACCUCCAUGUGCUUUGAAGUAUUGGGAUGAAAUCCUCAGAUCUAUUGUCAGAUCUUAUGCUGGUGCAGUGCAGAGACCUCCUGGUGCAUUAUGAUGCCCGGCCUCAUGUGACCAGAGUGUCUAUGCAGUUUCUUGAUGACGAAGGCAUUGAUGCCAUUGACUGGCCCUCACGCUCCCAAGACCUUAAUCCAGUUGAGAACCUCUGGGUUCUCAUGUAUCCAAAGCCAUCAAGUAGCACCAUAGACUGUCCAGUAGCUCACUUAUGCUCUAAUCCAGGUCUGGAAGGAGUUCCCCAGGACACCAUGAGCCAUCUCACCAGGAGUAUUUCCAGACUUCGUUGGGUGCUCAUACAAGCACGUGGGGCCAUUCACAUUACUGACUAACAUUAUGAGAUACUGUGAUAUAAUUCUAUUUCAAAUUGAAUCAGCCAGUAUUCAUUUUUUUUUACUGUGAUUUUUCUGUAAUUCCUGCCCUGAGUGAGUUUGAUUUUGGCUUUCAUUGACCAUUGUCACAUUAUUUUUUUCUCUUAACAUUAUGAAAAGUAUAUGGGUGUUUCUCAAAUGCAAGGACACAUACUAGUGAGGCUGCCUCCUGCCUAGAGCAGUCCUUCUAAAGGUAGAUGUUUAGAGUCCUCUUCGACAUUAAACGCUAGAAUGAGUGUCUAGUAAGAGCACAUGGCAACAUCAUUAGUGUUUCCACCUCCGUGGUUACUUUAAAGAGGGAAGUCAUGUCUGACCACAAAAAAAAAUCAUAGAGAGAGCAUCUCCUAUUGUUCUUUUUUUUUCUUCAGUCGUGCAUAAUAAAGUUGUGCAUAACAACGUAACCGUUCAUUUUUAGCUCAUGUUAGCUCUGGUCCAAUAAAUAAUAUUAACAGACAACUUUUCAUUUUAAUAAUGUCAUGUACCAUAUUAUAAACCACUAUACAUAUUGAAUUACUCAUUUUCUGCAUUUGUCUUUUAUUACAUAAAAAUUAUGUGAAGAAAGUGCUGACUGGAUUCUCGCGAUGUUUGGGAACGUGUGCAAAGGAUUGUGGGUGAUUUCAGGCAGCGAAGGAUACCGUUGUUGUAUCCUGCAAAACAGCUUAAACGAAAGACACAAAGCGAAAGCUUCCAUCCAAGCAUACUUCUGUUUGAGAUGUCCUUCGGCGGCACUUGUUGACGUGGCAGCCGAGAUUUGCAACCUGCCCAGUACGAGUCCUUGCGUUUGAGAAACACCCAAUAAUUGAAGAGUUUUAGCUUGAAUAUUUCGUGCAUUGAAAUCAAAUAAAGUGUGAUUUAGGUGUUCCCUUCAUUUUUUUUUAGUGCGAUAGUGCGAUUGUUUUUUUCCUAAGAUGCACACUGUGUUUUUUUAAAACAACUUAAAUAUUCUAAUUUAACUAAGGCCAAGUCCUUGCUUAAGCUUAUCCUUGUCCGAGAAACCGCCCCGUAAAGUUUAAAUCCAGUGUACUAUUUGAUUGGUCAUGUCAUCUAAAAACAUCAACCACAAAGAGUCUGAUGCUGAAUGUAAAUCUAGUUAAAAGGUGUGCAUGGGUUUAAAAGUGAUUUUUUUUAUAUCGAAGCUGAAUCUCAAAGCACCAGCAAUAUCCUACUCUUUCCAGCUGGAUCAUGCAGUUGUAUGAGUAGAAUGUAUUCUACAAAGUCUCACAUGGGGGUAGUGUUGUCAAAAGUACCGGUACUUCGGGUCCAAGUCGGUACCUAAAAAUAAAAAAGUUGUCGGUACCUAAUUUUCACAAGACCCGGUAGUACCGACGUACCGGGUCAACCGGGUACUGAUGCUCUGUCUGACAGGUUGUUAGUCGGAAACUUUUUAUAGACGCAACAAGACGUGAUGAGCGGAUAAGCGCGGCUCCGAUCCACAAGAGAUGCGCACAGAAAUACUUCAGAUUAAAGUCAUAUCACGAAGAAAACGAAGAGAGUUUUAUUGUGAAAGGAGGAAACAUCCGGAUUUAAGUUAACAAGUUCAAGCGGUAAGUUUCAAAUUAUGCUCGCGUUUGCAUUAUGAAUGUUGUAGCAUAUGUUAAGUUAAAGGUUACGUCAAAAUAAACAUCCCUGUUUGCGUGUUAAUUUGUUAGCUCCAAUGCUAAUCCAGUCAAGUGUCCUUAUUAACCAUUUAAUGCUUUUAUAACUGUAAUGGAGUAAAAUUAAUGGGAGGACAGGAUGGGGUUUACAGUACCUAGUAUUUUAUUUAGGCCUGCAAUCUAUGUGCUAGAAAACUAUCAUACUAACUGCAUGACUAGCAAUGUGUAUGUCUUGGAUAGAUAACUCUAUUAGGUUUAAAAUGCCACAUUUAAACUAAAGAAAAAUAUAUCUGUUGCAUUUAUUAUUUUAAUAUACAGUUACCUUAAUGCAAGUAAUCUUGUGUAAAUGCAGUAUAAAAACUGAGGUAUGUUUUAAUAUUGCAUAUGCAUGUUUGUUCAGUCUGUUGACUUACUGAAGUUUUUUCUAUUUGUCUUCUACAGCAGCAGACUGAGGAGGAUGUUCAUCAGCAUUAAAGACCCCAGUGAGCACACAACAGUUUCAGCAACAAUUAACUUAUACUUCAUGUAUACAAAAUGGCAUUGCUUUCUAUACAUUUAUAUUAACAAUGAGCUUUAUUAAUAAAAUUGUGUUUCAAUUAGCAUGUACUUGUGUUUUGCUUUGGUACCGAAAUUGGUACCGAGAACCGUGGAAUUUUACUGGUAUUGGUACCGACUACUGAAAUUUUGGUACCGUGACAACACUACAUGGGGGUAAAACAACGAUCUUUUGUGAAGUAGCUCUUGUUUAGAAAGCUAUAUUGUGACUAGGCAAAGGGGAAUGUGUUCCAACAAACAGAUCUCAUGAGAGUGGUUCUGCGGUUUGUAGUUUUAAAACGUAUAGUACAAGUAUUGCGAGUCCACAGUUAAUGUUAGUCUUGGAAACAUACAGGCCACUGGUGCAGAAAGCUAAAUAAAGAGAUUUUCUUGUGUUAAUACAGGAUCUCCUUGUUACAUAACCACCAUACAAAAGCUCAAGAGGGACUGAGACACUUGCUCUUUUCUCUCUAUGCCUGCUAUUAUGAACCCUGUUAUAAAGAGCAAUGGAUCCUACACAUACAAAGUACACUUGCGUAUAAUGGUGUUUUUUGUUUGUUGUUGCUAUGAAUAGUAUAGCCAAGUCAUGGUGUAGACAGCUGAGAGACUUAUUCUGACUCUCAUUUGUUAAUUUUGCAUAGAAAGACUAAACAAAACUUGUUUUAAAGGUUUCAGUUUAAAUUGUCCAUAUUUGGCAGUUAUCCCUUUGUACUAUAAAACGAGAAUGAAAAUUCUAGAAUCUCACUUUUCUGAUUCUCUGUAUGUUUUAUUGUUGUAUAGGGUGUUAUUUCCUUCCAAUUCCUUCUCUUCGGCCCAACAAAAAAUGACAAUACUUUCAUCGUUUACUCUCUCAUGUCAUUCAACCUGUAUGACUUCCUUCUUUCUGCAGAACACGAAAGAUAUUUUGAAGAAUGUUGACUUGGACUUCCAUUGUGGACGCAAAACCACAGAGUAAUUUCUUAAAAUAUAUUUUGUGUUCCUCAGAAGAAAGAGUCAUAUACGGCAUUCAAAUGACAUAAGUGUGAAUAAAUGACGACAUUGUGUCUGGUUGUACCUAUAUGAGGUCACGUAAAAGCACCUAAAAGUCAGUUAUUGCACACAACAGCACUAAUAUUAGAUCCUCUUGCGUUGACAGGAGGAUGUGAAGGAAAAUGAUGAUUCCCUACUUGAAAUUUCCCUCCGAGGGAACAAACUCAUGAGGUGCUAGUUCAGACACUGUUCUGAUAUGUCCUGCUGUCAUGUAUUAUUUUUGGUGAAAUGGCGUCAAACUCUUUCAUUGCCUAUUGACCCCGGUCUUCUCAUGAGUCAAAUAGUUUUUAUUCUCGCACUGUAUUUUUGCGCUCUGCUCGCACAGUUUACUUGAAUCUAUAGGACAGGAAUUCAAUGUAGACACAUGAAAAGCUCUGAGGACUGAAUCAAAGGAAAAACCCAGUUUAGACCAGACCUUUCCAGAUGGUCCGGAGAGGUACGAGAUCAAUCCAGACACUGAAAAUCAUUACCAUGUGAAGGUUUUAAGAGCUAAAGUGGAGAGACGGCUUAAAAAGAAAGCGGCGAUUAACCAUUCACAGUGCCGAGUAAUGGGGAAUGAGCCAUAUCAGGGAGGGAAACGUCUUCAUGGGGGCUGGCAAGUAAAUCUUUUCAUGUUGUUUCCAAAUAUGAUAUAUGCUGAUGAGAAUUUAAAGGAAAGAGUGAGGGAGAAACGACAGUGAUAGAAUGAAUGUGGAAAGGAUCUUGUGUGUCUCACAGCUUGUGUGACCGGGCCGAUCCAGCUGCAGAAGCAAUGCCAUAACUGACCUGUAACUAUCGUCUGGGAAUGUGGUUCAUGGAAGAGUGGUAAUAAGUUACCCCGGGAUCAACUCUCCUUGGCUUUUUUCCUUGGUUUCAAAGGCACACCAUCCAUGUCCUAUACACCUGCCAAGUCCAUCAUGGCUGCUGCCAGCGCCCGAUGCUUCAUAGUGAAGGGCUUUGCCUCUUUAACAGGGAUACCCCCCGAAGAAGACGGGCCCCCAAACAACUCCAUCUACUUUCAUUGUGCCAGACAGGAAGUGUGAUGAUUUUGCUUCUGAGCCACUGCGACCUCGGUACCAUCUGCUGCUCCGCUCCCUCUCCCUUCCUCUGGAUAUAACUCUGCCAGGUAUUAACAGUAAACUAGGUAUACUGAUCCUAGGACAGGCACAGUUUGACCCUCUUUACACUGGGAUAAUUUGAUUCUAAUUUGAAAUGGGGAAGCAACAUAACUCCUGUAUUGUGUCUCGCCUUGUUUGUGUAAUGCGUCACAGAACAUGACAAGUUCUGAUAAAGGAUUCAUUGUUGUGGAGUUUAAGCAAAUAUAGGUACACUACCGGUCAAAAGUUUGCUUAUUAAAAUGUUUUCUUCCAAAUUUAAAAAAAUGAGUAAAUUCAUGAUUAGCAUGCAAUAACAGAAAUGGACAAUUCCAUGCAAACCUUAAGAUGUAGAAGUGUUUUUACCAAAGGUUUUCACCAUAUUGAUAAGUCAAAUGUCAGUAUUUGGAGGUUUAAAUAUCCAUGUGAAGUCUCUAAAGUUGUUUAAAGCAUUUUUCUUAAGCAUAGUUUUCCAUAGUCAGGUAAGUGAAUUGGCACAUACAGUACAUGAUGGUCCAUAUUCCUCAUAAAUGGCCACAUGAAAAUAAAAUAUAACACAUAAAUAAUAUAACUAUUUUGUGGUCUGUGACGAGCAUUCCAUUCUCCAUUUGUUCUGUAUAACUGCUUCUGGUUUGGGCAUUUUAAUUCACAGAUAUCCUACAAAGUAUGUUCUUUCAAAAACAUGCGUCCUUUUUUUUGUCACAUCCAAAACGCAUAAAUUUUUCUCUUAUUUAAAGAGUACAUAACAUGAGAUCAUGAAAAUUACUUUUAAUAUAUUGUGUAAUGUUGCUGUGUUUGAAAGUAAGCAGUCUGCAAAGUUGUAAAUCCGAAGGUGAAUGAAUAACAAAGUUAUUGGCUUGGAAAAAAGGGAGUCGACUCUGAAUCACGCAAAUGAGUCGUCCCUAGUCCGAUUCGCGAACCGCCGCGGAUUUACAUCACUAAAUACAGUCCCCGCCUACGUUUUGCUAGGACUGCCUGUGAGAACUUCACUCUUCUCCCCCAAACACUGUCGCUCGUGAGCCUCAUUUGUGGUAGACCAAUCACAGCAGACUAGACCAUUUGACCAAUCACAUCAGACUAGGCUAGCGGAAAGGAGGGGAUUAGACAGAUGAAUCGCGGAAUGCAUCAUUUGAGAGUCAGUCAAGAAGUAAGGUAAGAAUAACUGCCUAUUAUUACGAAAUAAUAGUGUUUUUACACCUUCUAUGUACAUAAACUUGUUGUUGGACACUUCAUAAACCAAAGUAGGACCUUAAAAAUCCUUAGUUAUGUACUCUUUAAAAUAGAAAACUCAUGCAUAAACUGAUUUUUUUGUCAGGACUCUGUCAACAGGAGUU